UUAAGAAAAAUCCUCUUCCCUUGACAUUAUGUUUCUCUCCCGCUCUUUCAAGAACAGCAGGAAAAAAACAAUGGUCAUUACAACAAGAAGGAAAGGGUGACACACAGAUUACAGCGGCAGUCAAUUAAUGGGGAUUUGCUGUAGCUGUUCAGCUCAGAAGCCAGCAACAACCCAAGAUCAAGACCCAACACCAAGCACCGCCGACCAUGUCAGUGCAGGUAGCGAUGACUUUGGAAACAGCUGGUUCUCCAGAGUAAGCACCAGCAUUACAUCAUGGAUGUCUCAACCAAGUAGCAGCUUCACAUUUAUCUGGGAUAAAAAUGUCCCUGAGAGCAGCCAAUUCUCAGAUGCAACUGGAAGUGGUGAUGGGACUUUAGCAAAUGGGCAAAAUGCUACCAACUCAAGCGCAAGAGUAUUCACAUUGGCGCAAUUGAGGGCUGCAACAUAUAAUUUUAGAUCCGAUAUGUUGCUGGGAAAAGGAGGUUUUGGUGACGUCUAUAAGGGUUGGCUUAAGGAGAAGUUGCCUCCAAGUGGUAUAAAGAAGACGGUCGUUGCUGUCAAGAAAUUAGAUACCUUCAGCAUGCAAGGAUUAAAUGAGUGGAAGGCCGAGGUGUAUUUCUCCGAAAAACAUUCUCACCCGAACCUGGUAAAACUAUUGGGAUAUUGUUCGGAAUGUGGAGACCGCAUCCUUGUCUAUGAGUUCAUGAAAAAGGGAAGCUUAAAUUACCAUCUCUUUGGAAAGCACUCAUUUCCACCACUUUCAUGGGACAUUAGGCUCAAGAUUGCUGUAGAUACUGCUCGUGGUCUGGCUUACUUGCACACAUUGGAAGAGCCAAUAAUUUACCGAGAUUUCAAGUCAUCGAAUAUGCUACUUGACGAGUUCUAUAACCCGAAGCUACCAGACUUUGGCUUGUCAUUUUGGGGUCCCUUGAUUGAUUCACAUGUCAGUACAGGAAUCGCAGGCAUGAUAGGUUACAUUGAUCCGGAAUAUCUUGCAACAGGACAUUUGAAUGUGAAGAGUGAUGUGUACGGGUUUGGAGUUGUUAUGGUUGAGAUGCUAACUGGUUUACGUGCAAUCGACAUGAAACGUCCAAGUGGGAAACAGAUACUUGUUGACUGGGCUAAACCUUAUCUGACAAACAGAAGCAAGUUGAAAAAUAUAAUGGACUCCUGGUUGAAAGGGAAAUUUCCUCCCAAAGAGGCUUACCAAAUAGCUCACCUUGCUAUUAAAUGUCUUCAACACGAUCCCCGCUUCCGGCCAUCAAUGACAGAAAUUGCUGAGACAGUCGAACAGAUUGAUGCCAUCCAUAUGAGAUUGGAGCGGCCAGUUCCACCACUUCCGUGGGAUACGAGGAUGAAGAUUGUGAAGGAUACUGCUACAGGCCUGGCUUACUUGCACACAUUGGAAUAGCCAAUAAUAUACAGAGAUUUCAAGUCCUCAAAUAUAGUCCUGGACGAGAUAAGGUUCUAUGUAACUUAAUCAGAUAACAUUAUCCCUGAAACCCUCUGUUUAUUUUGUUUUUUUUUUUUAAUGAUCAUGUAUCUACCUUUCCGUAGCCAUUUUAGGAGAUCAAUGGCAGAUGUUAUAUUAUGAAUGCUGCGCUGCGACUCGGUUCCAGUGAUUAGACCUAUUUGUUGUUACAGUGACACGAAGAACAUUCAUAAA